AGGUGGCAGACGCAGUACACAGAGGAUGGAAAAAACAUAUGCAAAUGCCUGAAAAGACCCUAGAGAGAAUAUCAGAUGUCAGAAAAGAGCUCUCAAUAUGGAAAAAAGGCUCAGACAUGAACUCCAAUGUCAGAAAAGAGCUCUCAAUAUGGAAAAAAGGCUCAGACAUGAACUCCAAGGUACAGAGAGUCAUCAAUGAGAUUUCCAAACUUUCAAAAAUGUCAGAAACAAAACUGGAAUUAAUGAAAGCUAUGGAGGAGGAAAAGGCUUUCUGGCAACAAAAAAGCGAUGAAAAAUUAUUGAAUGUGGAGGACAAAAAUUCUCGGUUCUUUCAUAAUAGUGUGAAGACCAGCUUGGGCCGUAUACUUAAGCUACCUCUAGGGAACAUACAAGAUAAAUACAUUUGGGCAUACACAAAACAUGGUUCCUACGCUGUCAAGAGUGGUUGUUGGCUAGUAGCAAAUCAUCCUGCGAUCCCAAAACCUCAACCGGCUGCUAGAAAAACAGAGCGAAGAGCACUGAAACAAUGGAUUUGGGCUUUGAAAACCUCUCCCAAGAUAAAAAUGAUCUUCUGGCGUUUUCUCUCUGGUGCAUUGGUAGUGUCAAAAAGGCUUCAAAGAAGAAAUAUACCAGUGGAUAGUGAUUGCAAGCUGUGUAACAAAGGCCCGAAGAUAAUAUGCUAUUUCAAUGCGAUA